UGUGGCACAAAAACUGUCAUAUCCAUGGUAGCAACCGGACUCAGUACCGUAUGCAUCCAGAAUUGGUCCGAUUUUCCAGUCGAGUGUUCUAUGACAAUCAAAUCCAGAGUGGAGUCACGGCGUUAGAUCGAAGAGGAUGUCCUCGGUUCCGUUGGCCUAGUUCGGACAUACCGACAUUUUUUUACUCCGUGGAAAGUGAAGAACAGCUUGCUCCUAACGGAGUGUCAUAUUGGAAUCCGGAGGAAGCGAAGGCUGUGAAGGCCAUUAUCUGCAAAUUCAUUGAUCAGGGUGUAAAUCCAAGCGAGAUCGGAGUGAUCGCUCCGUACGUCGGCCAAAAGACAUACCUAAUUCGUCAGCUGGCUUCAGUGGCCAACAGACGAAACCAAGGCGUUGAGGUCUCCAGUGUGGAUGGAUAUCAGGGCCGUGAAAAAAACUAUAUCAUUCUGUCUUGUGUUCGAUCUAAUCGGAAUCGGAAUGUGGGAUUCUUGAACGAUCCUCGACGUCUGAACGUGGCCUUGACUCGUGCUCGUUACGGCUUGAUUAUAAUUGGAAAUCCGGUCACCUUGAGUAGGGAUCCUCUGUGGAACGAACUGCUACAUUUUUACCACGACCAGAAUUUGUUGGUUAAAGGAUCGAUCGACAGUCUGCAGCGGGCCGCACUGAUUUCAAGAAAACCCAAAUCUCACACCAGGGAAGAGGAAUUAUCGGUCGUGAUUUUUCGUGGAAACAUCGCAGGUAAUGUGGAGAAUAAUAACGGUUCCUUUUCUACAGUCGACUCCAUCAAGUACCUACGGUUAACAAUAAAUAGCAAUCUCAGGCUAUCCAAACACGUUCAGUUAUGUGUUGGAAAACUGUGGCGUUUGUCCAUCCGCAUAAUCAAGCCAGUCUACUUGAUUCAAUCAGUGUGUUCUCUCCAGCUGACUAUACUGUCUCCUGAAACAACUCUUCGAAGUUCAAUUUCACUGUUUGAUGGUAAUCAGUCAUGUUUUUCUGAAUUUCGUUGA